AUGAUCUCGACGCCGGGCCUCGGCCUCUUCCUGUUGUUGUCCGCCCUGUGCCUACACAGAACACCUGUAGACGGGCUGAACAUAUUAAUGUAUGUUCCGACACUAUCCUAUUCACACGUCGCAUUCAAUGGGAAGAUUGCCGAGGCACUCAUCGAACGGGGCCAUCAAGUGGUGAUGCUCCACAUAGCAUUAGAUGACGGCGUCAGCGUCUACAAGGAGUCGACCGCCACGAAACUACGACACGAUACGGGGGUCCCGCCGGGUGCCUUGUUAAAUACGUUAUGGCGGAACCCGGGGCCGUUUGAGAAUUCGAACCCGUUGAAUCCGUUGAUAUUACGCAAAUUUCUGCGGUUAUCCCGGCUUUUCCUCGACUCUUGCAUUGGGGUUUCAAAAGACGACAGUAUCCUCGAUUCCCUUGCCAACUACACAUUCGAUGUGGUCACCGUUGAGCAGUACGAUUUCUGCGCGUUCGGCUUAUUCAAGAAGCUGAACGUCCCCUCAAUAGUGUGGUUGUCAGCCACCGGGCUACACGCCGUCCAACCGAAUACACUUGGGAUUCCGCAGCCAAACAGCUACGUUCCUGAUCUAUUUGGACCGUUCACGGACGAUAUGACGCUUUUGGAGCGGGCACAAAAUACGCUUCUGACGCGCACGACACAUUUCUUAUUCCAGGUCCUCUCGUUGCGCAGCAUUAACAGCAUCUGGAGAUCGAAGGGCGUCUUCCAAGCGGAUCGUCAUGUUGAUGAGAUUCCUCAAAGCGCCUCUGCCGUUAUUGUGAAUACUGUGCCAUCUUUUGACUUUUCCGGCCCGACAUUGGCACAUUUUCAUUAUAUCGGAGGGCAUACCGUGGAGGCUACGCCGCCUUCGUUAAAUGAGGCUAAAAUAAUGUUUAGGAAUGGUCAUCGUAUUGCCGAAAAGCGCCCAUUCGUCCUCCUAACCUUCGGGUCGAUAGCGAAAACCUCAGAAAUGCCACCCUACCUGCAGCAGGCAUUCUUUGAGGGCUUCAAAUCGUUCCCGGAAAUCAACUUUAUUGUCAAGUACGAGAAGAUGAACGAGACGAUCCGCAUGGAGGACGAUAAUGUGAUUUUGACGAAAUGGAUUCCGCAGAUAUCAUUGAUUGCCCACCCCAACUACAAAGCCAUCAUCACGCAUGGCGGGUGGAGCAGCAUUCUCGAGUCGUUGGUCCACGGCAAACCCAUGCUAUUGAUGCCACUUUUCGCGGACCACGCGAAAAACUCGAAAGUGGUCGAGGCAAAACGCGUGGGGCUGCUCGUCGACAAAAUGGACAUGGAUCGGGAGGAAUUUGUGGAGAAGCUCGGCACUAUUCUCAACGAUGACAGCUACGCGGAGAGGUGUCGACAAUUCGCUCGUCACAUCGCUCACCACUCCCCAAUGGAUGAUGUGACGACGAUCAACUAUCUGGUUGAACGGGCCCAUCGUGAGGCGCAGCGGAAGAAUGCCCGCCACUGUCCAAUCAACCCCGCCAUCACCCUACCGCCCAAUGGUACAUCUUCAACGGACUGCCAAUGCACCCCUCCGCCCCCAUCCCAUCGACGGACGUCGUUCUCGCGGAUACCCCGCGAGGCGAUCAUCUCCACCUCGGAUUUGCUCUAUCUCCCGCAUUUCAUCUCAGCUAUCACGGUGUUCUGCACCCUCGUCGGAGUUACCGUGGCUGCGGGCGGGAUGGCCGAGCUGAAGUCGAUCACAGGCGAUGCACCGUAUCAAGGGGCUGGGAACGCGCCGGCGAUGAUGCCACAGCCGAUGGGCUUCUGGGGUCGACCGCGGUAUUAUGGUCGGCCUGGCCCUAUGGAUUUCGGCGAUGAGGGACCGAUGAUGGGCGGAGGCGGCGGAGGAGUUGAGGGGAUGGAGCGCGAGAAUCUGAUGCUCGGCGCGCUCACCGUGCUCGGCAACCUGAUCAACCCGUCGGCAGACGCUGGUGGGGCUGCGGUGGCCCGGGGGGUCCCGCAGCGAUCAUCGCCGAUCGUCGACAACUCCAGGGUGUCGCUGGCCGAGGCGACGGGCGGCGGAUUCUACAAGGGCCGUGGGAAUAGC